GUGUGUCCAAACAUUAUUCUCACGGCGAUGGUGCUGGUCUAUUCAGCAGGCUUCACCUGUGCUGCUCACACUUUAAAAACAUAUUCCCAAUGAAGCGCACGGGUCAGUCUGGAGAUGCUGAAUGGACCCAGGUGGAGAUCGUGUCCUGAAGCACCACAGGCGGAUGUGGGAAACACAAUGGAAUCUGAUCCUGCGGAAUGGACCACUUUCACACUGACCUCAUGAAGCUUCAUGACUGGCUCGGUUUUAGGAAUUUUACCAGCGAACGCAUCACUUGAUAAAAAAAAAAAACACACACACACGAGCUGUGCUGUUGUUUCUUUUUUUUGUUUCUUUUUUCUUUUUAAUUUUUUUGUUCGUAUAUGGAAGUUUGCUUCACGGGUCAACUUCAAGCUCUUCUCCUCGCGUCCAUUGAUUGAUCCGAGGCUACAAGCAGUUAGCCAAAGGAGAUAACCCCGGGGCCUGCGACGGAGCUAUCCGAAACGUAGCCGAGUGAGGAGCGCUGCCUUUCGGCGUCAGUUUAACGCAACAUCGGGGAUUUUGUUCCGGCCUGCAAUUCAGGACGCAGAUUACUAAGCUAACCCAGUUCUGUUUCUCGGUUUAAUUCUCCAAAUAUUGCAUUUAAUAUCUGACUAAAAAAAAUUGCAAACAAAUUAAAUUACAAACAAUUUUACUAACAAAAAAAACCCUGUUUUGGAGCUAGCUAGCUAGCUUUGCAAGCUAACACUACAUGCAAAUUUCUGGCUUGUUUUGCAGGCAAGUAUUACCUAGCUACAUUAUUUUUGUUUGUAUGAGCACAAAAUAAUUUGCGAGACUUUCUUUAAUAGGUGCACUUUAGGAAUUAUUGCGUUGAAAUUGCUAUUUUUUCCACCUUUGUCACCUUGUUUACAACAUUGUCAGCUAUUAGCCGAGGCUUCAGGGCAGAGCAGAGUCCAGUGACAUUUAACGAGGAUUAUUAUCUUUAUUAUUAUUAUUAUUUUUUUUUUACUUUCAGACACAAUGCACUAAUGUUUAAAGCAAAAACAAAAGUAUUAAUUAUGAUUAACAACAGCACAUUGAAGUGUUGGUGAUGUUUCUAAAUGAAAGACAACUCUAAAUUAAGGCUCCCACUUCAUGCUGCUGGCAUUUUUGGCCUUGUGAUCAUCUAAAGUCAAAGCAGAAAAGGAAAUGUUACACUAGUUUGUUUUUACCAUCCCAAAGUCUAAAGCUUUAAAGCGAGUGGACAUCUCCGUCAUCAACCAGAAGAUGCGUAGCAGGACCAUCGCCGUGGCCUGAAGAUUAGAAAUAAACUAUACAUACAGCAAGUCUAGUGAAAAUCUCUGUGAAUGAAUCAAGAGCGAGGAAGACGACUGAAGAGAUGACCACACGCUGACUACAGAUCCACUACACAGACUAGAGCGGUCAGAGGCUUCGGAGAAGGAGCUGCGCAGACAUGAGUGUCCGACCUCCGACCUCGACUCUGGACAGUCCGUUUGCCGCUUGGUUGAGCAGCUUGACACUGGGAGACUCCAAGUCUUCCCUCGGCCAGCAGAGAGACUCUUUCUCCGAGUUCCCUUCUGACAGCGCAGCUGCAGGUCUGGUGCAGAGAUGUGUGAUCGUACAGAAGGACAGCCUGGGCUUCGGCUUCACCGUGUGCGGAGAGAGAAUCAAGCUGGUGCAGAACGUCCGUCCAGGUGGGGCAGCAGUAAAAGCCGGAGUGCAGGAAGGAGACCGGAUCAUUAAGGUCAACGGCUCCUUGGUGUCUUCCAUGUCUCAUCAAGAAGUAGUGAAGAUGAUCAAAUCUGGGACAUAUGUGGCAUUGACACUCCAGGGCCCACCUCCUUCGGUAGCCUCUGUCCCUCUUCAACCCCUCCCAUCUGACCUCCCAGCCAAUCACAGGACACAGCCAGGUGAUGAAACCAUGCCUCCUCCACCCCCACCCUUGCCCGCUUCAGGACUCUGCACGCCGUCACAGAGAAUCACCGGCCCCAAACCGCUACAGGACCCAGAAGUCCAAAAACAUGCCACACAGAUCCUGAAAAAGAUGCUGGAGCAGGAAGAGGCGGAACUCCAGGAUCUGCUCGAGGAACAGUCCCGCAACCCGUCUUCCUCCCUGGAAGAGAGAAUAGAGAGCGCAAAAAGGCGUGCUAAUCAAGUCCGCGUGAAAAUGCAGAAGGAUCUGGAUGGAACACGCUCGGAAACAGCUAGCAACUACAUGAAUGCUGGAGAAGGUCGAUUGUCUAUAGAUGCAGGUGAACCUGAUUAUGAGACAAGUGAGAGCCCUUUCUCCUCUCCGUCCUCAUCAUUUAGGACUCCUCAACACCGUAGACAUGGCUCCGGCACUCUUGAACCAGCAGGGAAAGCUCAUAUCAUCGGUCCAGAGGAGGAAGAGGAUGAUUAUGACGGCUAUAUGAUGAAUGAAAUGGACGGCCCGUUUCAGGACAUCGAGCUGCUGAAGACUCGUCCUGCACACAUGACUGUUUUUAUGAGAUACAUCUUCAGUCAGCUGCUGGACCCAAACCCACUGCUUUUCUAUCUUUCCGUGGAGGCUUACCUGGGUUCCACUCCUAAAGACGCCCGUGCCCUCGCACCCCAGAUCUGCUCUCACUUCCUGGACCCCGAUGCUCCUCUGAAGAUUAAAGUCAGAGACGAGUAUUUGACAGAUAUAGAGAAUCGUCUCCAUGCUCAGGAGGACAUCAGAGGUCCACUGUCCGAGCUCCAGCAGCAGGUGCUUCCAGAGAUCCAGGACCAAAUCCAGGACUACAGGAAUAAGCAGCUGAUGGGGCUGGGCUCCUUGUUCGGAGAGAGCGAUCUUCAGCAGUUAGACGGCGAUCCGGCGAAAGAGAGACAGGUGGUGGAAAGACAGACCACGGCGCUGUGGGAACUGCUCUCAAAGCACGAAGAAGACAGAAGUUCCCCGUUAGCAUCAGCGAUCACCCUUUACCUGCGACACACCGGGAUUAAGCUGAGAGACUCCAAACUUUUCCCAGGACUCAGCGCAGAGAAGGAAAAGUGGCUCGCUUUCUUCCCCAAGACCAAGAGGCAGCUGAGCAGCACAAAGAGAGAGAAAGAUGGAGAGGAUAAGAAGAGGAAUCCCAUCUUAAAGUACAUCGGCAAACCCAGGAGCACCUCCCAAUCCACGUUCCAUGUCCCGUUAUCCCCUUCAGAAGUGCGUGCAGGUAACGUGCGGAACAUUAUACAGCAGUUUGAGAACCACACAGACUGUGAGGAAGGAGAGAACGGAGGGCAGAGACUCUCCACUGGCAGCCUCGGGGACGAGAGCAUGGACAGUCCUACAGUGUCGGUGCGUUUGGCUCGCAGCGAGUCCUUGAAGGCACAGGGUGAGGGGCGUCGCCGUGGAGGCGGGACGGGGGCGGAGUCUGUUCCUCGUUCCCGCAGUGACGUUGACAUGGAAGACUGUGACGAAAGGGAAGGGCCAGGAUUACGCCCAUUACAUCACAGCGCUUCUUCCUCAGCCUCCAGCAGCUCAGCGAGGUCACUUGAGAAUCCCACGCCACCUUAUACCCCUCGCUCCAGACGCAGGAGCAUGGACACACCGUUGGCAUUGUUACCGGACGCUCCUCCUCUGGAAGAGGACGUUGUUGACUGUCAGAACUGGCAGGAGACCGUGGAGUCACACACACUGCUCUCUCUCAGCUCACGAGAGAUCGACCGCCAGGCGGUCAUAUACGAAUUAUUCACGACAGAGGCGUCUCACCUGCGAACACUCAGGGUUCUGGAUCAGGUGUUCUUCCAGAAAAUGAGAAGCCUUCUGACUUCAGACGAGCUUUCCUGUAUCUUCCCUAACCUGCCUCAGGUCUACGAGCUGCAUGCGAGUCUUUGUGAAUCCAUGAAGAAGCUGAGGGAAUCUCCUAUAGUCCAAGGCAUCGGAGACAUCAUGCUCGCUAGAUUUGAAGAUGCAGCAGGAGAGGAGUUUCAGGAGCAGGUAUCUCACCUGUGCAGUCAGCAGAGUCAGGCACUGGAGCUCAUCAAGAACAAACAGCGCAAAGACCCUCGCUUCGCUCACCUUAUACAGGAGUGUGAGGCGAGUCCUCACUGCCGCCGGCUACAGCUCAAGGACCUGCUAGUGUCCGAGAUGCAGAGACUCACCAAGUACCCCCUCCUGCUAGAUAACAUCAUCAAACACACAGAAGCCAGUUCUCCAGACCUGCAGCCUCUGCUGAGGGCACAGGUGUGCUGCCGCAGGAUACUGCAGGCCGUCAACGAGGUCGUCAGGGAGACAGAGCAUCGACAACUUCUCAGCCAGUACCAGCGCAGGCUGGACUUAUCACCCCUGGAGAGACAGGCCAAUCCCGUUGCAGCAUCGUUCAAGAAUCUGGACUUGACCACAAAGAGGAUGAUUCAUGAAGGUCCUCUAACGUGGAAAGUCAGUAAAGACAAAGUUAUAGAGGUGCAAGCUCUGCUGCUCUCAGACCUGUUGGUGCUCCUCCAGAAAGGUCCGGAUGACCGCCUGAUCCUGCGCUGUCCGUCACGUUCUCUGGGCGGAGUCGGGAACACAGACCAUAAAACGCCGUUUUGCCCAGUGGUCCGCCUCAACUCCUCCCUCGUCAGAUCGAACGCUACAGAUAACAAAGCGCUGUAUGUGGUCAGCACGUCUGAGACACAGAUGUACGAGCUGGUGGCUGGAACGACCUCAGAGAGAAACACCUGGAAGGACCUGCUAGAAAAGACAAUCGCAUUAGCCUCUGAAGGUGCUGCGGCCACCAAACACGGAUCACCCGCUCAAUCCACUGUUCGGCGAUUACAUGACAGUCACGUGAGUCAGGACGGUUCGCUGGCUGAAGAGACGAGUUCCGUGGAGAGAGAUUCACAGAGCGAUGAUGAAACUGCUCUCCCUUCCAACACCCCAACCGACCAAUCAGAAACCUUCCUCCACGACGAUGCACACAGUAGCCUGCCACCACGGCCUGAAGUCUCUGAAGCUGCUCUGCAAGAUGUCGAGACACUCAGACAGUUAAUCUUCAGAGAUCUGGAAGAUGGGUGGAGCCAAGAUUCAGAUGACACGCCUACCAACGAAACAGCCAACGAAAGAAGCCCGUUCACAGACCGCCCCGGAUCAGAGAUGUCCGAGCCGAGCUUUACCGAAAGCCCAAAUCAGUCAAUGCAGGAUCAUGUCGAUGCCCCGCCCAUGGAGGCGGAGCGACCGACUCUGCAGCUUGUUAGGAAAGCUGUGGGUGUGGGCUCUUCUUCUAUUCCUGAUGACAUACCUGAUGUCACCUCCAUCCAAUCUUCUGAUUCAAAAGGGAAUCUGUUCUACCUGGUGAUGCCCAGAGAUCAGAUGGGAGCUCUCACAGAGGAGAGCAGCACAGACGACGUGAGGGAACCGAGUCUUUCUGAAGCACCCAAAGCCGUCUCAUCGUCUUCACAGCAAGAGGACGAAGAGCAGGGAACCCCGAGCCGGACGCAUCCGGAGGUGUCAAGGAAUGAGAGCCAAUCACGGGCCAGCUCACAGAGGCAUGUGAUAAAGAACACGGAUGAGAUCUUUCAAACGAUGGACCAGCUGAUGAAAAAGCUGCAUCGGCUCAGGGAGAUCGAAGCCGACCAUUACAGACUUGUAAAGACAGAAAAGAAGAAAUUGCCCUUCGGGCAAAAUUCAGAUGAUGUCAUCCACACAUCUGCUUCUGUUGUCAGGGUGCCAUCCAUGGACAGAGGAGCAGGAGACGGGAAAGAAGGAGAUUCUACAGACGCCGUGCAGCCUGUGAUACAGUCCACAGGAUUCUGACACACACACACACACACAAUGUGCUGAAGGAUUUUUUUUAAAAUAUACACUCACAAAUAAAGGAAAAACAAAACAGGAUUUCUCUCAACUUUUCGCAUCCUAUGUAGCUCCUUCCUACAAUCCCAGCAUGCUUUGCUCCCAGGAGAAGCCAGGAAUCUGAUGUAUGUAGUUCGUGUCCUCUUCGAGAAAGAGGACAGAAGACGCUUCAGCUGGAAAGCAAGAAAAGAAACGUUGUGAAACGUGAAACCUAGAAGGUUUAAUUGUGUGUGACAAAAGAAGGUAAAGCGAGGUCGAUACGACGGUGACGUCAGCGAAGGAAGGCGAGCUCGAAACGGGAUUGGCUGAGCAAAAUGACUCCGCCCUCUGAAGCUGAAGGAAGCCCCCCCCGCACUUUACCUGCUGUAUGUAUAUAAUCCGUACUCACAUUCAGCCUUCACCUCAUCAGUCAGAAAAGGGGAACUUGUAUGUGUAAAACGGGAUUCGUUUCCCCACAAUGCACCUGUGUCUGCUAUAGCCGUGCGCUCCGUCACUACCCACCUUAUACUGUGUGUGUAAAUGAAAGACGUUUUAAACUUCAGGUUGUUUUGCACUGUGGUCCUGAGUAAGGAUGUUGCAUUACUAUCAUUGUGUACACUAUGUUGUAGCGUUUGUUUGCUAACUGAACACUAUGCGAGAGUGAUGAAGGACUAGCGAGGGUGGUUUUGGGUUUGGAUUUUGUUGCGUUCUGUUGUUUAAUCUCUACGCACAAUGUUUAAAGCAGCUGGCUACACUGAAAUAAUACAAGUCAUCUGUCCUUGUCAUAGAGGUACAUCUUUCAUACCUUUAGUGUGUAUGUUUUACCUGGAAAGGUACACACUAUACACUAUAUAUAAAGUACACGGUCUUCUCAUCAUGAAAAAGACGCACACUACAGGUAUGAUGGGAGUACCAUACUCAUGACAAGGGAAGGUACUGUUGAGUGAGGGGUUAUUUUUCCCUCUCUCUGAGAGUGUAUGUAGCACACUACCACCACCACCACCACUGCUGCUGCACUGCACACUACUGUAUUGCUGAAUAUGCAGACUGUCACUGCUGAGAGGGAUUUAUUUAUAUUAAAAAAUAAUAAUAAUCUGUAGCCUGCUAUGUUACCUGUGAUGAUAUCAAGUCUGCGUGGUGUCAAUACUGUGAAGUUUGUCCCUCACCUCAGCAAUAGCACAUGAAGGGAUUCGAUCUAGCCCAUUUCACACUGACCUGAGAACGGAUUGGCUGUGCUCGAAAACACGGCUGAUCCGAGAUCCGAGUUAAAAUCGAGCACACGUCAGGGGCGAGUCCUGAUUUUUGAUCCGUGAUUGAUGUACCUGGGGCAACAAGUGAAAUACAGAGGUGGUCCAUACUGCAGAACCAAAAGUCUAAAGGAUUGGAGCUGGACUUGGUCUCUGCCUGUAAGCCUAAUCCUUAAUCCCUAACAUGAAUAAACCAAGUUGACUCCAUCUCCUUGGAGCUUUAUUUAGACUCCACCCAGGUAUCAGAUUCCCACCUCCUGGAGUUUUAUUUCGAUUCAUCCCAAGUAGAAGAAACUGGAUCAGGUCUGACUCAACCACCUGGGGGUUUUAUUUCAGUUCAGAUUGGAUUUGGGUCAGGUCUGACUCAAUCCCCUGUAAUUUUAUUUUGAUUCACCCAAAGUAGAAGGAGUUGGAUCAGGACUGACUCCACCCUUUUAGAGUUUUAUUUAUUUUAGCCCAGCUUAGAUUGGAUUUGGAUCAGGUUUGACUCCACCCCCUGGAGUUUUAUUUUGAUUCAUCCCAAGUAUAGGGUGUUGGAUCAGGUCAGAUUCCACCCCCUGGAGUUUUAUUUCAGCUCAGCUUAGAUUGAAUUUGGAGCAGGUCUCACUCCACCCCCUGGAGUUUUAUUUAAGCUCAUCUUAGAUUGGAUUUGGAUCAGGUUUGACUCCACCCCCUAGAGUUUUAUUUUGAUUCAUCCCAAGUAGAAGGAGAUGGAUCAGGUCUGACUCCAAGCCUUGGAGUUUUAUUUCAGCUCAGCUUAGAUUGGAUUUGGAUCAGGUCUGACUCAAUCCCCUGGAGUUUUAUUUCAAUUCAUCCCAAAUAGAUGGAUGUGGAUCAGGUCAGACUCCACCCCCUGGAGUUUUGGUUUAACACCCCAUAGGAGGGAGGAGCUCGAUCAGAUCCGACUCCACCCCCUGGACCUUUGUUUCAGCCAUCCCUUCCCCUCUAUUUCCUGGGGGGGAAAGAGGAGUUGGAUCCAGUCAGAAUCCACCAUUUUGUUUCUAAUCCACCUGAGUAGCAUAAGCUAGAUCUGCUCCAACUCCACACCUUGGAAUUUUGCUUCUGCAGCAAGUGGUUCCCGAGGCAACCAGCCAAUCGGGAGCUCGGUCGUAUGUCGUCACUAUAACAUCGUGCACAAUGUCACUAGUGAUUUGGCUAAUAAUAAUUUUUAAAAAAAUCAGUAUUUAAUGCUAAGCACUACAUCUAUAUGAAGAAAUUUUAGUUAUAAUAGUUAAUAGUGAUGUCAUGAUAAAGUUUGCGAUUGGUUGAUCACAUGUUGCCCAGAGACGCCGAUCAUUGAGCUAAAUCAGAAUAUAUCCGAUUUGCCUAACACUAGCUUAAAACUCUGUAGUGUUUAGCCUAUAAAUCCUAACACACAAAAGGGAGAAGGAAGAUGUGUUUUCUUUUUCCACUGCUGAGCUUUUAUCAGUACGAGUGGAUUUAAUCUGUGUCUGUCUAACUACUGUGUAACUCAGGUGGAGAAAUGUUGACCCUAUUUCUCUUCUUAGCUUUAACUCAUGCACCGUUUUCCAUCAUCUCAUCCUUUUUCUACUUUAAUUUCCACCCCCCCCCUUUUUCCAUAUCUACAUGUUCACUUUUUUUUUUUUCGUUGUAAAAAAAUAAAAUAAAAUUGAAUGCACAUUGGGGAGGAAAAAAAAAGAA